GCCCAAGAGUAAAGAAAUUGUUGCUUAGCAACCAAGUCCUGACCCCUACAGACCUAAAAAGAGGAAGCUUGUGGACCAGCCACCUAGUUCUGCCUGUGUUACAGUAAGAAGGAGCUGCUUAGGAGAAAAUGAAGCCCUUGUCCCUGCUAAUAGAGAUAUUGAUAAUUCUUGGGGUCACAAUUAAAACUAUUGAAGCAGAAAAACAUAAUAAAAAGCAAAAAGAAAGAAAUGUCACCACACAGGUAUCAGUGAGUGAAAUCAAACAAUAUUUAUCAAAUAUAUUGGAACAAAAAAAAUCAAUUAAUGUGAUCAAUAAAAAAGAAAAUCUCUUAGAAAAAAAGAAGAAUCAGCAUAAAUUAAGAAUAAAAGGAAUUCAAAAUAAACAUCUGUGGAAAAGAAGUAAAAAUCAUUUAAAAAAGCAAACAAAGAAAAUUUUCACUGAUGAAGGAGACCAGCUUUUUAAGAUGGGCAUCAAGAUCCUCCAGCAGUCUAAAAGCCGAAAACAAAAAGCAGAAGCCUACAAACUCUUUGCUAAAGCGUCUGACAUGGGAAACUUGAAAGCUAUGGAGAAAAUGGCUGAUGCUUUGCUAUUUGGAAAUUUUGGCAUGCAAAACAUAACAGCAGCUAUCCAAUUAUACGAGUCCUUGGCUAAAGAAGGAUCAUAUAAAGCCCAAAACGCAUUAGGAUUUUUGUCUUCUUGUGGAAUAGGAAUGGAAUACAAUCAAGCUAAGGCACUGAUAUAUUACACCUUUGGAAGUGCUGGAGGAAGCAUGAUAUCCCAGAUGAUUUUGGGGUACAGAUAUUUGUCAGGAAUCAGUGUUCUACAGAAUUGCGAAGUUGCCCUAAGUCAUUACAAGAAAGUGGCAGAUUAUAUUGCUGACAAAUUGGAAAAAAGUGCAGGUGUUCCAGUGGAAAAAGUGAGACUAACUGAAAGACCUGAAAAUCUGAGUUCUAACAGUGAGAUUUUGGACUGGGACAUAUACCAAUACUAUAAAUUUUUGGCUGAAAGAGGAGAUGUUCAGAUACAAGUAUCUCUUGGACAGUUACAUCUAACUGGGAGGAAGGGUCUAGAUCAGGAUUACUAUAAAGCAUUAUACUACUUCUUAAAGGCAGCAAAAGCUGGGAGUGCAAAUGCCAUGGCAUUUAUAGGAAAGAUGUAUUUAGAAGGGAAUGUUGCAGCACCACAAAAUAAUGCUACCGCUUUCAAAUACUUUUCUAUGGCAGCUAAUAAGGGCAAUGCCAUUGGUCUUCAUGGGCUCGGUCUUCUUUACUUUUAUGGGAAAGGAGUUCCUGUGAAUUAUGCAGAAGCACUUAAAUACUUUCAGAAAGCUGCAGAAAAGGGAUGGCCAAACGCACAGUUUCAGUUAGGCUUCAUGUACUACUCUGGCUCUGGAGUAUGGAAGGAUUAUAAACUUGCCUUCAAAUAUUUUUACUUGGCAUCUCAGAGUGGGCAGCCCCUCGCCAUUUAUUACCUGGCCAAGAUGUACGCCACAGGAACAGGAGUGUUAAGAUCGUGCAGAACUGCUGUGGAGCUUUAUAAAGGUGUCUGUGAACUAGGCCACUGGGCUGAGAAAUUCCUGACAGCAUACUUUGCCUAUAAGAAUGGCGAUAUAGAUUCUUCUCUUGUUCAAUAUGCACUACUUGCAGAAAUGGGUUAUGAAGUAGCUCAAAGCAAUUCAGCAUUCAUUUUGGAAUCUAAAAAAGCUAAAAUCCUUGAAAAAGAGAAGAUGUAUCCAAUGGCACUUCUCCUAUGGAAUCGAGCUGCCACUCAAGGCAAUGCAUUCGCUAGAGUGAAAAUUGGAGAUUACCAUUACUAUGGCUACGGGACUAAGAAAGACUAUCAAACAGCAGCCACGCAUUACAGCAUCGCAGCCAAGAAAUACCACAGCGCACAAGCCAUGUUCAACCUGGCCUAUAUGUACGAACAUGGUUUAGGUAUCGCAAAGGACGUUCGCUUGGCCAGGAGAUUAUAUGAUAUGGCUGCUCAAACAAGUCCGGACGCUCACAUACCUGUGUUCUUUGCCCUCACAAAACUGGAAACUGUGCAUUUGUUUCGAGAUAUCCUGUUUUUUAAUUUUACCAUGAGAUGGAAAUGGAUGAAAUUGGACAAUACCCUUGGACCAUACUGGGAUUUAUUUGUGAUUGGCCUAAUUGUUGCCGUGCUGAUCUUCUUGCUUAGAAAUCGCUACCUGUAGGAUCUGGACCACAGAAAAAACCUGCUCACGGGGACCAGUUCACUUCAAGUCAUCUUCACUAAAUAAAAAAUUUCCCCGUCAGACUCAGGAGUCUGCUGCUGAUUUCCCAUAUAGGCCUGUGAUGGAAAAUGGACAAAGGUUGGGACCCAUCCUCUGAGAAACCAUUCCAGAUCUCCUGCUUAGUUGAGGUGACCACUUGGGGAAGAGGGGAUUGCUGGAGACUGAUCACCUAAGAUUUCCUUAC